GUACAGAUAAUUAUAUGUGCACUUUUGGGAUGGUACACUUUUGGGGCGAAAUUAUUUUUGCACGCGGGCGCUUAAUUCUUUUUGCACACUUCUGGGGAGGAGCAGAAGGAAGAAUAUUGAUCGUGAGUCGGGAGUAGACAUGCGCCCGAGUCGUGAUAUCUUCCUCGCCCCACCCUAUAUCGGCGGCAGAACACCAAGCCCAAGGUAGGCGAUAAUGGAACAUGCGUCGCAUUGGUCAGUACUGAGGUCCACGUCGCUCCGUGGCAAUUAAGAAUAAUAACGUGUGCUUGGUGCGCCUAGAUAAAGGAAGACUGAUCAGUCCGGUCGGUUGAUGUUCCAAGGGCGUGUCGAUUAAAAUAAAAAGACAAUUAUUCUCUCCGCCCAUGCUGGGGCAUCGAACUACGCCAACUACGGUCCACUCCAAAUCGGCGCAGAAUCGGUGGACGUAGCCGGGAAGAGGCAGCGACACGUAACGAGGCUCAUUCAGCGACGGUGAUUUCACGGUAGCGAACACACGUACGCAUCAUUAAUAACGUGUAUACGCGUGUGCGUGCACGUCGCGUGUGUGUACGUGCGAUAAUUUAGCUACGUAACGUCUCUCACUGUAUAUCGGGGCGCAUCGUCAUUUGGCGGAACACAUGCCUUGUUAACCGACUGAAGUCAGAUAGUUGUGUGCCAAGAGGAUCAUCAGAAGCAUCGCCUAGCCGCGCUAGUGGGAUAUUGACGAAGAGAGAUAGGGGAAAAGAGGAGAGUGAAGAACAAAUCAGAAGAAGUCAUGUCCGACUUGGACGACGAGACCGACACUUCCUGCGGGGAAGAGCAAAUUGUCUCGGAUUGGGAAGUCCGGAAGGAGUGGCUCGAAACUAUAUUAUCGAAGCACUACAAGGGCAAAGCGGUUAAAGUCUUAGAGUUUAACGUAAAUUCUGGAUGCACGACGAGCGAAAGUGUGCUGAGCGCUAUCACCAGCGUUACGGUAAAAUAUUUAGCAGCACUUACAAGUAUAACGAACAAGCCGAUUGAUAGAUGCAAAACGUCUCUUAUCAUAAAGCAACUCCCUAAGGAUCCGUUUAGCCGCUUUUUCGUUACAGAAGGCCAAUUCGAUCUCCGAGAAAUUAAGUUUUAUACGCAGGUGAUGCCAGAUUUGAAGGAAUUCAAUGAAAGACAGCUAGCGAAGAAUGAUAAAUAUGAAAACAGGAUCACGCUACCAGUUCCAAGGUGCUUUCACGCUCAUUAUAGCCCUGCAGGCGGAACCGAUGAGAGUCCAGUGCCACCGGAAUCAAUGCUAGUAUUGGAUAACUUAAGCGACGACGGUUAUGAAAGUGUUGAAUUUUCGAGAGGAUUAACAUUAGAUCAAGCAAUGGCAGCGUUAGACGCCAUCGCCCGGAUACAUGCCCAUUCUCUGUCGAUGAAGGUCGUAGACGGACAAUCUCUGUCCGAGCGUUAUCCAUUUCUAUUCCAAACGGCAAAAGCAACGGAUUCGUACCAGCAACUGGUAGAACGCGGUUUACCGCAGCUGGCGCGCUUCCUGGAGAGUAGACCAGGAUUGGAGACGGUUCUCGAGACUCUGUUAGUUCUACGACCUCGCACUAAAGAUAUUAUUUCGGCUCUUCUCGCUCCGGAAGGUCCGUUGGCAUUAAUAACUCACACAGAUUUUUGGAGCAAUAAUUUGCUUUUUGGAAAUAGCUUUUCAGAAUCUACGAAGUGUUACAUUCUUGACUGGCAGAUGGUCACUUAUAGUCGACCGACGAACGAUGUCGCAUUGUUGUUGGUGAGUUCAGUGCCUACCGAAUUACGGCGCAAAUAUACUAAAACGCUUUUGGAUAAAUAUUGGGACAAGCUGAAUUGGACGUGCUUACAUCUUGGCCUAAAUAUCGUCAAGGAUUUAGGUUACACCAGAAAGGAUCUCGAUAAGGACUAUAGAAAGUCCCAACUAUUGGCACUUUUACUUUGCAUAGGAUCGGUGGACGUCGCACUCGGUAAUCCCCUUACGGAGCAACGACUGAUUGACGUUCUCGAAGAUCUAUAUAAUGAUGGCGUACUAACAGAUGAAGCCAUUAUCGCAACAAAGGAAACUGAUUCUUAAUCAUCGCUGCCACGGUUAGCGUAUACACCGAAGAAUUAAUAUUUCUGUCAAGGCUGACUAAGCGAAAAAUUUUAUGUAAAGCAAUAGAUAGCCCGUUUGUAGUUUAAAGACGCAAUUUUUGUGUUUUCAAUCUAAAAGAAGCUUGAGCUAGCAACAUGAAUGCCGGCAUCGAAGAAGAUAGUUGUAAAGAAACAUGUCGAAAGAAUAUAGACAUUAAAAACUACUCGAUUUUGUCUGGUUUCGACAAGAUACUAAUUACUGUAAAACGAGCGAGAUAAGUCAAGAUCGAUAUGCUUAGAGAAUACGAUAAAUGUCUUAGUUAUAUAUUAAUGUAUGCUUUGACAACCUAUCAACUAUUAUUCCUUAAAAGCUGUAAUAUUUUAAUGACUAUUCAUGCAAGACUCACUUGCAAUUUGAUGAAAGUCUCAAAAGUAAGAUAAAAUCGAAAGCAAAUUUCCUGGAAGAAGCUACGUAAAAAAAAUUUCUUAAUAAAUUUCUUAAUAGACGUAAGUUUCUUCAAUGUUCAAUUCGGUUUCUGCUCAGAUAAACUGCUAAUAGACGUCUUUAAUGCGCUGUGCCAAGUCGUUAAAGAUUUAUGCAAGUAGUUGUGAUACAAUUAUUAAAACGGAAUCAGCUAGAUCCGUGAUUAAUGAUAGGACAUAUAUCAAAGUUAUAGAGUAUUUUCGAGAUAUACAUAUAAAACAAUUACGUUCCAUUUGCCCAUAUACAUCCCGUGAUAAACUUCUUCCGAUAAUUAUUUCAGCGAACGCGCUGUUUUGUUAAUGCUAUGUAUACAAUUAUUGUACUAUCCAUUUUCUCUGUAUAAACUAUAUGGAUAAAAUAUACUUCGAUGUUAUCACGAAUAGUAAAUAAAGUUCCUAU